GGUAUCAGAGCUUGCAGUUCUUGAGGGAUCUGUGAGAAAUCUUAGAGAGGUGUGAGAGAGUGAAACACGAGUGACAAGUGAGGGAGAGAAUCUUGCUCUUCUACAGCAUUUCAGAAUGUCUUGUUCUUCAACAAAUUCAUUUUCUUCUCCUCCAAUGUUCAAUGGAGAGAAUUAUGAUUUUUGGGCUAUUAGAAUGAAAGCCUUCCUCAAAGGGAAUGAUGUCUGGGAAGUCAUCGAGCAUGGUUUCCAACUUCCUUUUCCACAAGAAAACCCAACAGUGGCACAAAUGAAGAGAAACGCAGAGUAUAAUGCAGGUACAUAUAGAGCACUUUCUUUUCUGCAUAAUGCAGUGGCGAAUGAUAUUUUCCCCAAAAUUGCAUCCUGCCAGAAUGCACAAGAAGUCUGGGAAGCACUUAAAGAAGAGUAUGAGGGGAGUGCUAGAGAUAAAAGUGUGACACUGUUAGCUCUCAAACGAGAGUUCGAAAUGUUGAAGAUGAAGGAAACUGAUACAAUACGUCAGUAUUCUUCAAAAUUAGUUGACUUGGUCACUCAAAUUCGAAUGCAGGGAGAGAGAUUUCCUGAUUCACGAGUGGUCGAUAAGAUGUUGGUUAGUCUUCCUGAGAGAUUUGAACCUAAAGUUGCUGCAAUUGAAGAGUCUUGUGACUUGAGUAGGCUUUCCGUUAAAGCACUCACUGGAAAAUUGCAAGCUCAUGAAAAAAGACUUGCAAUGAGAUCUGAUGAGAGUGUUGAAGGAGCAUUUCAAGCUAAGCACAAGGGAAAAUAUUUAGUUGCAAGAUCAGAUUGGCAGCAGGAAGCUGGCAGCAGGAAGCUAACAAAGUGGAGAAAGGCAAACAGCAAGCUGAAUGUUCUAGAAAUUUUGACAAGAGAGACAAAUUUCCUCCUUGUCCAAACUGCAGAAGGACAAAUCACCUUGAAAAAGACUUACAGGCUUAAGCAAGUGCAGCAGGCUAAUUUCAUAGAAGAUCAGAAUGAGGAAGAUUAUAUGUUUGUGGCUAUGCACAGUUGUUUUGUGACUUCAGAGGAUUCAUGGUAUGUUGACAGUGGUUGUACAAAUCAUAUGGUCAAAGAUGUGAAGCUGUUUACAAAGCUGGACAGGUCUAUUCGAACAAGAGUCAGACUUGGCAAUGGUUAUGUAGUGCAAGCAGAAGGCAAGGGUAAUGUCUCAAUUCAAACUAAGGAAGGUAUUAAAACUAUCACUGAUGUUCUGUACAUUCCUAGUUUGAGUCAAAACUUGCUAAGUGUUACACAAUUAAUGAAGCAUGGAUAUUCUGUACAUUUUAAACAAGAUGUAUGUCAGAUUUUUGAUUUGCAUGGUUCUGAGGUUGCUAAUGUGAAAAUGGUGGAUAAUAGCUUCCCUCUAAUGUGGAGUGAUGUUAAGCAGCAUGUUCUGAUUUCUAAAGAAGAUGAGACUACCUUGUGGCAUAGGAGAUAUGGUCAUUGCAAUGUUAGAACUUUGAAGUUUUUGCAAUCUUCUCAACUUUUUGGAUCAGGUGUGUUUUGCUGGAAUUCUUGUAAACAAGAAGUGGUUGCCCAAUCUACUGCUGAGGCUGAGUAUAUUUCAGCUGUGGAAGCUUCAAAUCAUGCUAUAUGGUUGAGGAAAAUGCUAUCUGAUAUGGGGCAGCCUCAGUUUGAUCCUAGUUUGAUUUAUGUGGACAAUACUUCAACUAUUGCAAUUGCUCAAAAUCCUGUGCAGCACAAGAGGACUAAGCAUGUUCAUGUCAAGUAUCAUGUAAUUAGGCAGUACAUCAAGAACAAGCAAAUUCAGUUGCUUCAUUGUAGUUCAGAUGUACAACUUGCUGAUAUUCUUACUAAGUCCUUACCAAAACAGAGGUUUAAGAUGCUGAGAGAGCAGCUUGGAGUUACCAGACUUGCUCUCAAGGAGGAGUGUUAGCGUGUGAGAUCAAGUCUUUAAUGUGGCAGUUACAUUUAGUUUAUUUUACUUAGUGGUGUAGCAGUUUCUUUUUAGUUGGUAACUUCUUUUCAUUUUCAGCAACUGUUAUGUAUAACCUUCUUUCUUUAAAACGUGAGUGUAUGUCCGCUGCUAUUUUCUGAAAUAUAUCAGAUACUGUUCA